AUGUCGACGUCUAAACAAGAAACUUUCAAAUCCCUAGGUUUAUCCAAAUGGUUAUAUGAAUCAUUAUCCGCAAUGAAAAUUACUCAACCAACGGCAAUUCAAUCAGCAUGUAUCCCUGAGAUAUUAAAAGGUAGAGAUUGUAUUGGUGGUGCUAAGACUGGUUCAGGUAAAACUAUUGCAUUUGCGGGGCCCAUGCUAACUAAAUGGUCAGAAGAUCCAUGUGGGAUGUUUGGUGUCGUAUUAACUCCAACCAGAGAACUAGCCAUGCAAAUUGCCGAACAGUUUACAGCACUUGGGAGUAGUAUGAAUAUUCGUGUGGCCAUCGUUGUUGGUGGUCAGAGUAUUGUAGAACAAGCCAUUCAAUUGCAAAAUAAACCUCAUUUUAUCAUUGCUACUCCAGGGAGAUUGGCUCAUCACAUUAUGAAUAGUGGUGAAGAUACUGUUGGUGGAUUGAAAAGAACCAAAUUCUUGGUCCUCGAUGAAGCGGAUAGUUUAUUGACUGAUAGUUUUGCUGGAGAUUUAGCUACAUGUAUAGGUGCUUUACCACCAAAGCAUAAGAGACAAACUUUACUAUUCACAGCCACGAUAACUGAUCAAGUAAGGACGUUGGAAAAUGCCCCUGCCCAAGACGGGAAACCAUCAGUAUUUACUUACCAAGUGGAAAGUGUUGAUAAAGUCGCAAUUCCGUCAACUUUGAAGACAGAAUAUAUUUUGGUGCCAGAACAUGUAAAGGAAGCGUACUUAUAUCAAUUAUUAACAUGUGAAACCUAUAAAGAUUCUAGUGCCAUCAUUUUCGUAAAUAGAGCUAUGACAGCAGAAGUUCUUCGAAGAACUUUGUAUCACUUGGACGUCAGAGUUGCCUCAUUACAUUCCUAUAUGCCACAACAAGAAAGAACAAAUUCCUUACAUAGAUUCCGUGCCAAUGCUGCUAGAGUAUUAGUGGCAACAGACGUAGCUGCAAGAGGGUUGGAUAUUCCAAUUGUAGAAUUAGUUAUUAAUUAUGAUAUUCCUUCUGAUCCAGAUACUUUUAUUCAUAGAGCAGGUAGAACUGCUCGUGCCGGUAGAAGUGGUGAUGCCAUAUCGUUUGUUACUCAAAGAGACGUCUCCAGAAUUGAAGCUAUUGAAGAACGUAUAAACAAAAAGAUGGAUGAGUCCGAUAAAGUCCAUGAUACAGCCGUUAUUAGAAAAGCUUUAACAAAGGUAACGAAAGCUAAGAGAGAAUCUUUGAUGGCAAUGGAAAAGGAAAAUUUCGGGGAAAGACAAAGGAUACAAAGGCAAAAGAAUAUGGCAUCAAAGCGUCAUAGAGAAUAG